CCCAGCUACGACGCUGGCUCGACUGCCCGAUCCCCCUGCGACCCCGUGGGCCCCCGACGCAGAACGAAGAUGGCCGCCCUCCUGCUCCUGACCCUGGCGGCCACCGCCGCGCCGUCGGUGAGCGGCAGCCCGGUGGAGAAGGUCGUCGAGAUGCUCUCUGGCCUGCAGGCGAAGGUCAUCUCGGAGGGCGAGGAGUCGCACGCCGUCUUCGCCAAGUUCUCGGAGUGGUGCGAGGACGAGGCCCGCCAGCUCGGCUUCCAGGUCAAGACUGCCAAGGGCGAGAUCGCAGACCUGAAGGCGACCAUCGAGAAGGAGACUGCCAGUAUCGCGGGGUACGAGGCCAAGAUCGAGGAGCUCGCCGCAGAGCUGGCCCUGGACGAGGCAGACCUGAAGGCUGCCACGGAGAUCCGUGCGAAGGAGCAGGCCGACUUUUCAGCCGAAGAGACGGAGCUGAUGGAGGUCAUCGACACCCUCAAGAGGGCGACCGCCAUCUUGCAGAGGGAGAUGGCCAAGAUCGGCUCGGCGUCCAUGCUUCAGGUUCAGAAUGCAAAGUCAGUCGCGCAGGCACUCACCGCCAUGGUGCAAGCCUCCCUGAUCAGCUCCACCGACGCCAGCAAGCUGUCCUCGCUAGUGCAGUCCGCGCAGCAGUCCAGCGAUGAGGACAGCGACGCGGGCGCUCCUGACGCAGCUGUGUACCAAGGUCACGCCGAUGGCAUGGGCCGUCAGAACGACGGCGGCAUCAUCGCGGUCCUCGAAGAUCUGCUCGAGAAGGCGGAGGCGCAGCUGGACGGUUUGCGCAAGGCGGAGACUUCGUCCCUCCAGAACUUCCAGGUGCUGUCCCAGAACCUGAAGGACGAGAUCAAGAACGGCAACACGGACCUCGCCGAGGCGAAGAAGGGCAUGGCGGCCAGCGGCAGCUCGAAGGCGGAGGCCGAGGGCGACCUGGCGGCUACCUCGGCGGACCUUGCCAGCGACGAGGAGACCAAGGCAACCUUGCACGCGAACUGCAUGGAGAAGGCAGAGACCUUCGAGGCGGAGCAGAAAAGCCGCGGUGAGGAGCUGAAGGCGCUUGCGGAGGCCAAGAAGGUCCUCGUCUCGACGACCACCGGGGCGGACGCCCAGAGCUACUCGCUUCUGCAGACGGCCGCCACCUCGGAGC